CCCGCCCAACCCAUUUCGCUUCUGGGCACGGGGUCCCCAGUACAGACUACAAUCGUGAACCUUCUCAAUGUAAAGCUCUCCCCAGCUCUUUGCAGCUCUGGGAUCUAGCGACUGCCGUGAAAUUCAACCGUGAAGCCUUCUCAAGGUGAACUCCUCUCAGCCCUUUUCCUCUUAUUCUGCGGACAAGAAGCUUUGCCUUACCGCCCUGAAGCCCUACUACCGUGAAGCUACUAUCUUAGCCGUCAAUCAGUCUAUGCAGCACAACAAACCUCUCAGCCGUGAAGGCACAAUGCCCUAGAAACCAUCAUGGACCUUGUGUUUGUCCCUCUUCCCGUCAGCAUAAAAACAAAUCAUCCCUUUGUUCCGAGCCGUCAAGACCAAACCUCCAGCUGUUUGUGAAAUUGUUUCUGAGGAGGUUCAGGAGCAGCAGAUGUUUUAAGCAUCAAAUUGGAACAAGAGCUUGUAGGUAUUUUAAGCAUAAAUUUGAAAUAGCCUCUCACUAUGGGGGUAAGUUCAUUGCAUUUUAAGGGUAUUUUUGGGAAAUGGGCUGUUAGGGCAAAAUCCUAGCUCCCAAGGCUUAAUUAAAGGAGGCUUGGGGCUCUCUAAAGAGGGGAGGUUUUUGAAGCAAAGGGGAUUCACGUUCAACAAUUGGAGAGGGAGGAGCACACGUCGAGAAUCUAAGGAGAGCACAUGUUCAUCUUCUUGGAGCUUGGGAAGCUAUAUCACACCUAGAGGAGAGAGGAGGAGGUUUGGGGAAAUCUCUUAGCCUUCUUGGUUUUCUUGAAUAUCAUCUUGAGUAUUCUUGUCUAGAAGGAGUGGCUUCAAGAGUAUGAAAUGACAAUCAUUGUCUGGAGACUUUAUGCAAUUUACCCUAAAAUUAGAAAAAUCAGAACAUUUUCAGAAGGGAAAUUGGGUCGAACCUUUGCUGCUUAGUCAGACAAAUCACUACCACUAUGUUCCAUCUCAACCACCAUCUGAGCCCAUGUCACUGAUCAUCAGUCCCUGAAAAGCCGUGAGCCCCGCCAGGCAACUCCUCCAUUAACCAUCUCCGAGCAGCCCUAACCACUUCUGGACCCCCACCAUCAGACCCACUUCGAAUAACCUCUGAAUGCUCCUGUCAAACCCACCUGCAGCUUGCAUAUCUCAUUUCCAAGAGUUUUUCCUCGUUUCUUUUCGGCGAAGUGUUGAAUCUUUCCAACUCAAUGACGGUAAGGUGGCCCAGACUUCUAACUCCCCCGUACCUUUGUCAAAUAAUACGUAAGCAGAAAAACCCAUUAACAGCUCUCCGUAUCUUCAAGGUAGCAAAAUCUAAGUAUCCCAACUAUUCUCACAAUGGUCCUGCCUAUGCCACCAUGAUUAAUAUCCUUGGAAACUCUGGCCGCAUUAUGGAGAUGAAAGAAGUUAUUGAUUUGAUGAAAGAUGAUUCCUGUGAGUGCAAAGAUUCAGUCUUGACUAGUGCAAUCAAAUUUUAUGCAAAUGCUGGAUUACUGGAUGAAGCUGUCUCUCUAUUCAGAAACCUUCCACAGUUCAAUUGUGUAAAUUGGACAGAAUCUUUCAUUACCCUCAUGCGGAUUAUGGUUAAAGAAUCUAAGUUAGAAACUACUCAUCGUGUUCUCUUGGAGAGUUCUUAUGGGUGGGAAGUGAGAUCACGUACCCGUUCUUUGAACGUGCUGAUGGAUGCCCUCUGUUGGCGUAAUCAUUCUGAUCUAGCACUGCAGAUUUUCCAAGAAAUGAGUUAUCAGUGCUGUCAUCCAGAUAGGGAAACUUAUCGGAUUCUAAUGAGGGGUUUGUGUGAAGAUGGCAGGAUGAAUGAGGCAACUCAUUUGUUGUACUCCAUGUUUUGGAGAAUCUCUCAGAAAGGCAGUGGUGAAGAUGUUGUAAUAUAUAAAACUCUUUUAAAUGCUUUAUGUGAUAAUGGGCAGGUUCAGGAUGCUGCAGAUAUUCUUGCUAAGGUCUUGAGAAAGGGGCUGAAGGCUCCUAAGCGAUGCUGCAAGCGUCUUGACCUUGAGGAGCAUGGUAAUGUUGAAGACGUUCAACAUGUAAAGGCUUUAAUUAAUGAAUCACUGAUCAAAGGCAUGAUACCCAGUAUGGCUAGCUAUAGUGCAAUGGCUGUUGAUCUUUAUUCUCAAGGUAAGAUUGAUGAUGCUAACAGAGUGCUUGAUGAAAUGCAUGAAGGAGGUUUUAGGGCAUCACUUUCAAUCUAUGAAGCGAAGAUUGCUGCACUGUGUAGCGAAGGUAGGAUGAUUGAAUCAAUGGAGGUGAUUGGAAAGGAGAUGAAGGAAUACAGCUGUGUCCCAACUGUUAAAGUGUACAAUAUCGUGAUGAAAGGCCUAUGUGAUGAAAGAAAAUCAGAUUUGGCUUUUGGGUUCUUAGAGAAGAUGAAUGUGCAGUUGGGUUGUGUUCCCAACAAAGAGACAUAUGACAUUUUGGUGGAUGGUCUGUGUCACGAUGGUAAAUUUGUCGAAGCAAGUCGAGUCUUGGAGGAAAUGUUAAUUAAAUCAUAUUGGCCUGGUGUUGACACUUACAAUACUCUCAUUAGGGGCCUCUGCUUUGUGGGCAGGAAAUAUGAAGCAGUUGUGUGGUUAGAGGAGAUGGUUAGCCAAUGUAAGACACCCAACCCUUUUGUAUGGAAUGCAUUGGUUGCAUCUGUCUGUACUUCUGACAUGGCUGAAGCUAAUGUUUAUGCUAGGACACUCGAUCAGCUAAUGAGCUUUCCUUGAUGGUGCGCUUCUGGAGUCGAACACCUUUACUUUUUUUUUUUUUUUUUUUACCCAAGUCUUUUUUUAGGCUCCUUUUGUAUAAGAGAUUUUGUUCGAGGAAAGCAGAGGAAAAGAACAUAAGAAAAAAAAUCUAUUUUCCUUAGUAUUUUUCUCUCUAUAUCAAAUUCUAUUAAAAAUAAAAAUUUGUUCUAAUAUGAUAAAAAUUUAAGAAAAA